AAAUCUCUCACGAAAAGUUCUUUCUUUAAAAUCUCUCUGGAAAAGUUUAAGGUAUUUUUUAGAAACGACAGGAUAAGAAAGCUUAUGUUAGAGUGCUUCACAAUUUCACACAUAUAAGAACAAUUCUCAGAAAAGACGUAGACUUUCUCAAUGUUUUUGAAGUGUUCCGAUUCGUAUAAAAAUUUUGAGCAAAAUUUUUGCAGCAGGGUUUAACAAAAUGAAAAAUUAAACGUCAAUCAAGUUAAUCGAAGUUCGAUCAAAGUCCACCAGACCAAAUUUGAUUUCUAUCUAGAAUCAAGGGCUGCACGAGUUUCGCCCCGAGGUGCGUUAAAUCGGAGCAUUGCAGAGGGACGUAUAAUAGAAACGUGUUCGCAAUUAAAAACUGAGUUAUCUCGUGAAAUCAAAUUGUCCCGAAAUAUCCUUCCGUCGCGCGCGCGGUCGGGAUUCGUGGGGAGAGCCGGCAGGAGCGGCGGGAGGAGGAUCGUGGCGACGACGGAGGGGCGGAGAGGGAGUCGCGCCGGCGACGGCGGCGACGUGCUGAUCUCCCUUGCGUGAUCCGCGCCUGAGCGGGUGCCGCUUAUGCGCGGUGCCCCGCGUAAAUCGAUGCGCGCCGCGGCUUUCGGCCAGCCAGCCAGCCAGCCAGUCUGUGCGAAUGCGAUACUUGUGUGCGCCGGUUGCUCCGCAUCCGUACGCGUCCGCUCCGCUGGCUGUGCCCCGCUGCGCUCGUCCGGAGAAUCGUCUCGUCCUGCCUCGCUUCGCACCUUCCCAGGCUUUUUCUCUGAGCAUCGUAUACGUCAGCCGCUUUUAUUAGGUAGGGCUGUGUAUUGCCGGAAGGGCAGAGCCAACCAUCUCUCGUCUCUCGCCGUCGCCGUGUCUUGCACUGGGGGAUCAGUUGAUUCCGUUCGCAUCGUCGUCGAGGCAACGAAUCGCUCUGCUCGCUCGCCUCGAGUCGUUCAGUCGAGGGGCUCUUGAAACCGGUGGAGUUUCUCGAUCCCGGUGAGUUCAGUCGGAUAGGCGAGAAACGACUCGAGCGACGAUCGAGCACCGGCACGCACGAGUCAGGUUUCUCGAGGAAGGAGGUGAGAGAGAGAAAGGUGAAAAGCUGCAGCUCGAAAAACGAGAUUCCUUCGGAGCUUGUUCUCGCGUAUCCGCAACGAAUUCGGAAUAUUCGGAUUCCCAGUUCUCUCGGGUUCUCAGCGAGCUCGAUGCCGUGGGUCCGCGAAGAAUCGUAGCGUCUUCGCGAGCAGGACGCACGGCGUCGUGGCCUGAACUCCGCUGAAUCUCCGCGCGGGGGAGACCGCUCUAAUCUCGAGAAAUCGGCACGCGACGUGAGAAGAAAAUAACCUGCGCGACGAGAGAGACUGGGGAAACGCACCGGUCUCAAACUCCCUGAACUUCUGACGACUUUCCGUCAGACAAAAAUGUCUAACUUCGCGCGGUUGUUUCUUGUGCAGGAAGAGAAAGAGAGAGAGAGUGAGUGUGUGUGUGCAUCAUGAAGGGCCGUCGUCGUCGCCGUCGCGAAGAAGUUCGCCGCUAGGAAGUGACGCGGUGCGGUGCUCGCCAAUGUCGCCAGCGGUGGCCGCCCUCGUCGUCAGGGCCAACAGCAGCAGCAGCAGCAGCAGCGAAGGAAAGGAUCCUUGAAGAUACCCCAGGGUGCCGUCACCUCUCACUGAUCGCGCACAAGAAUAAUGAGAAUCAACGCGACGAAGAUGAGCACUCCGAUCGAGGAGAAGAUUGACCAGAAGUUGAAGAAGUUAAUCGGAUAAGAGGACGCGACCACGCACCGAACUGAGAGUUAAACGCUUUGGACUUUUGGAGUUUUACGGACCAGCACUCGUCGUCGGUUGUCACCUCUCGCAAUAGUUCCCAUCGCGCCAAUCGUUACGAGGUCAUCCCGAUGAAAUUCUCUGCGCUACAGGUGCGGACGGGGAUGGUUACAGUUAGCGAUGGGAAAAGCAAACCCGUGCCGAUGCGUUUGCACUUAUCUAUGGAGGUAUUGAAGCUUCAACGGGAGGAUCUCGAGCAGGCAGCGAAUCACAAUAAGCCACCUUUGGACGCUAAGGAGCGUAUGGUGCAAAUCACCAGGCAGAAGGUCGGUGGUUUGGGGCUAAGUAUAAAGGGCGGAGCGGAACAUAAGCUUCCAGUACUCAUAUCGAGGAUCUAUAAGGGUCAGGCCGCCGAUCAGUGCGGCCAGCUCUUUGUAGGAGACGCAAUUAUUAAAGUGAACGGCGAGUAUAUUACGGCUUGCAACCAUGACGACGCUGUCAAUAUUUUGAGGAAUGCUGGUGAUAUAGUAGUUCUAACGGUCAAACAUUAUCGAGCGGCCAAGCCAUUUCUUCAGAAAAACGAAAAGGAAGAAAAACUGGAUAAUGUUGCCAAUGGUACGGCGGAAGAUGGAUGGAUAUCACCUAACAGACAAAGUGGUAGUCCCAGAUGCAGUCAUAGUCGCCAAAGUUCCAAUGCAUCUUCCAGUUCGAUGCAGUAUAAGAGAUGGGUAGACGUAAUUACAGUCCCGUUAAUGAUGGCAUACGUGACGAGAUAUAUAUUCGGAACCGACAAGCUAAGGAGAAACGCGUUCGAAGUGAGAGGACUUAAUGGGGCACGUACAGGAGUGAUACAUUGCGACGAUAGUGCUAUUCUCAGUCAAUGGUUAAAAUAUAUAACUGAUAAUAUUACAGGAUUGACGCAUUUGCAGAUGAAAUUGUACAAUCGUAAUUUUGGAGUUGGCGAGCGUAUAGAAUACAUGGGCUGGGUGAACGAGGCGGUGAGCAAUAGUAAUCAACCGUGGCAGAGUUAUAGACCGAGAUUCUUGGCUUUGAAAGGACCGGAUUUAUUAUUAUUCGAGACACCUCCUGUAUGUUGCAACAUAGGCGACUGGUCACGCUGCGCGUUGACUUUUAAGGUGUACCAGACGAUGUUCCGCGUGAUGCGCGAAUCGGAGAAUGUGGAUGAGCGGCAGCAUUGCUUCCUGGCGCAGAGUCCAGGAAAACCGCCGCGUUAUUUGAGUGUCGAAACCAGGCAGGAGCUUUUGAGGGUCGAGGCAGCGUGGCACACCGCCAUAUGUUCGGCUGUUACAUAUUUAAAGAGUAAAACCUUUCCAGUAACUUUCAACAGCAGAAGCGCGGGUCUAACGUUAGAGUGGACUCAAGGAUUUACGUUGUCGUAUGAAGGAAUCGGCGAGAUCGCGUGGCGUUACAAAUUUUCUCAAUUGAGAGGGUCCAGCGAUGACGGUAAAAGUAGGCUUAAAUUGCACUUCCAAGAGCCGGACAGUAUCGCUAUCGAAACAAAGGAAUUGGAGUGUUCCCAGUUGCAAAACUUGUUGUUCUGUAUGCAUGCGUUUCUUACCGCGAAGGUAGCUGCGGUAGAUCCUACGUUUUUAACGUCGACCACUCCGUAAAGAGAUGUAAUAUAAAUAUAAUAACAUUAUAUUGCCGACGAAUCACCAAGUGGAUCACUUUUGUGUUCUGUUAUCGUUAUACGGAUUAGACUGAGCGCGUGCGCUAAAAAGAUGCUGGAAGAAAUCAAGAAAAGAACGAGGAAGAGGAAGCGAUGGAAACUAGUCAAUAUAUCCAAAAGGUAUUUUUAUCAUUUACAUAUAAAAAUCACCCAGCGGUACUAUAUAUUCUACUCAUCCUACCAAAAGCCAAUUUCACUAAUAUAUAUGUAUACAUAUAUAUACAUGAAUCUAACGGCUAUUAUUAUAUUGUACGCGAAUCUAGAUAAGAAUUCUCGUGAGUUUCUAGGAGCGGCAGUAUGCAUUUACGAAUGAUUGCUCGAUUAUACGAUGCGAUUACGUCUGCUUUUGCUAUACGUAUUUAUUCCUUUUUGAAUUUUUUAAGAAACACUUUAAUGCGAUAUAUGAUUAUAUGAAGAUUGAAUGAAAAGUAAUGAGCAUGACUUGUGACUGGAAGAGAGUAUUUUAAUAACGAAUAACGGUUUCACAAAACUUAUACGUUGUUGGCAAAAGUAUAUUCAGUUAUCUGACGACUAGAUUGAGAAAUGAGUACAAAAAACUUAAACGGCAGAUUCUACAGAUUAUUUCUGUAUUUUAUUCAUUACAAUAUUUCUAUUCAAUUAUGAGUACUUAUAUGUUAUUUUUAUGUUGAACAUUUAUUCUAUCGAUAAAAAUUCUUCUUUGCAUAGUAAAUCGCGAACGACCUCAAAAUAAAUUAAACCCAGAUCAGAAUUAAUCUAUAAUUGUCAACGAGCGGUUUAUUGUUGUCACCACAAAAGAAAAGAAGUCAAUCAAUAUACUUGAAAAACACGAUAAAUUAUGCUGAAAGCAUUACUUUUUAUACAAUCUUUGUAUACGUAAUCUGCUUUUAAGGAUGUAUUUUAAUAUAUCUUAUUAUCUAUAUUAUAUCUUAUUAAUAGAGUUUUUUAGAUAUCUCGGUUGCGCUUUUAUAUAUCAUAUAUCUGAAAUAUCAAGAUGAUAAUUAAUUUAUGUUCUAUGUAUAGGAAUCAACGCAUGUGGGUUCAUGAUUUUUAAGUUACAAUAAUAGCGAAUUAUUUUCUUAGUUAUAACAAAUUGUUUAUAGAUUUAUAUAUUGUAUUGCGUACCAUACAUAUAUAUAUCAGGUGCCUUAAAAACCAUGAACAAGAAGUAGCUAAAUUAAAGGAGGCAUCAAUUUCCGUUUCUCGACGAUGAGAAUCGUAUUACAUGUAUUCAUAUAUUUAGAGUAUUUAUAAAAGACCCGAGAGUUGUUGUAUUUCAAUAGAGAAAUUCUAAUUUCCAAUUUUAAAGAGAUGCUUUAAAGAGUAUAAUUGAAUUGAAGAAAACACAAUAUUGAUUCGUCCAUCCGACCUAACGUCAAAGUAAUAAUUGCUAUACAGCAAUAAGGUAAACUACAAUUAGACGGCUCACAUGUCGGAUAUUGAAAUAAUUUAUUUAUUGACACAGUAUUAUCGAUGGGGGCAAUAAGUUCUACGAAUUAAGCGUGGGUACCAUCAGUAUCGAGCUACGGUUACUGAAACAUUUGUAACUGUCGAUUGUACUUAUCUGUACCAGACGCAACAGCUAUGUUCUACUAAAUCGUUAUUAAAAGUUUAAUGUACGAUUCACGAAAAUUCAUAUAUAUGGAUAAUUAUAAUUGCGAGAGAAUGUUGUAUGUGUGGAAAGCUUCUUUGAUACAUAAUGGAUAUAUGAAUGUCACGUUUCGACAGCUCGAAAGAUCUAUAGUGUCUUUAAAUAUAUCAAUUAUCUCUUUCCAAUCACUAGCUAUAGCGAUAUAGACUUAACACUGUAUAUUCUGUGACUAUAUCGUAUAUUGGUUCGCAAUUACAUUUAAAGCAAUAAAUCUGUAAUGAACGAAUCUGUAACGAACAAUUAGAGAGAAAUAAUAAGAGAGUAGGCUAUACAUAUAUAUAUAUAAAUAUAUAAGAAAGCUCUAUAAUUAUAAUACAAGAAAAAAAAUCAUUCUCUCAGUAGCAGAUGCGAGAGUAUUGCACGUUUUCCAAUGUUUGCCUAAUCAUCCUUUAGUUUUUUAAAUGUAAGAUAAAUGGCCACGUUGCGUUGCAUGGAGAUGAUGUAAAAUUAAUUUUAAAGUUGAGGAGACGUUUUAAUUUUCAUCGCGUGUGUUUCCAUAGUCUCCGGUUACUCGUAGAAAGUGCCUACAAAGUAACAGUAGAGAAAAUGUGAAGAGAUCCAUGCUUCUGUUUUAUCACAGCGUAUUUAAUGCGUCGAAUGUACUUUUCUAGUCUACAAACCGUCAGGAUCUUUUAAUCUAUGAUCGAAGCAUUUGCUUGUCGCUUGUCUCUCGAUCACGAAGAUCCAGAGCAAUUCGGACGAAAAGAACCACCAUUUCUCGAUGAAUCUGUUAUCGAGAUACGAACGUUAAAGAGUAUACCUUUGCCUAUACUUCUUUCUGAAUGUUUUUUUUCCACGAUCGAUAUAAUAUAUUGUACUAAUAUAAUAGGAUUAAACGAUAUCCGAUCUUAAAUUUAAGCACAGAGUGAUGCUGAUGAUUUAAGCUCUACUUUCUACGAUUUAAAAUCUUAUUUAUGAUUUGUUACAAAUUUUUAUGUUUUGAUAUGAAGUAACUCUAUGUACUAAUUAAAGUUUAACGCUUAGAUUUUUAUGAUCACGUUUGAUUUUUAAAAAAUUGGGAAAUUUAAUUUCUUAAAAAUUUACUAUUUAAUGUGAAAUAAUUAUUUUCUUUCCUCAGUAAUCUAUUAUAUACAUUGUGCAUUCUCUGCACUUAAAGUUGGGAGAAUUAUCAAGAACUGCACAAUUAUUCUAUAUAAGUAAGUUAAUGAUAAGGGAGAAUGGAAUGAAGCUGGAAAAGAUCUGAAACGCAAUCAGAUCUAGAUUAUAGUCAAAUAUCGAAACUGCAGGUUGUUCUAAAACUAGCGAGUCUUUGAAUCCCUAAUAUAAUAUAUUGUAUACUCUAUUAACAUGUCACGAACCGAUUAAAUUUUCCUUAUAUUUCUCAAGAGAGAUUUCUUUUAUUUGGAACAGAUUGUGUAAGAGUAAACUUUUUAUAAAUGUUAAUUUAUGGAUUUUUUUUUUUGUAUCCAUUUAAUGGUACAUUUUUCCUCCAAACUGUUCAUCUAUGCGAUUCUCCGGAUUCAGCUCAUUCCAUAAAUUACACAAAAUAGCUGUACACGCGUCGUACUCUGCCUACAAACUUAAUUUAUUUCUUUCGAUGAGCGUUCGCGAUUCCGAAUUUUGCGUUUGUGUUCAGAUUUGUUCGCCAGACUUCUCUUCUUUAUUCGUGCGCAUCUAUACUAGAUGGAUGAGCGAAUUCGCGGCGCCGGCUUAAUAUUAAUAUCAGAAUCUUACAUUUCGAAAUAUAGUUUAUCUGUUAUAAUGUCUAUAUCCCCCAUUGACAAUAUGUUUCAAAAUAUAUCAUUGUUAGAAGUUACAAA